CCCCCCCCUACCAGAAUGCCGCAAAGUGACAUCAGGACCACCAAUCUCAAUAAGCCGGUGGAUGUUGCUGAGUACCUUUUCACACGACUCCGCCAGAUUGGUAUUCGCUCCAUCCAUGGCUUACCAGGUGACUUCAACCUAGUCGCCCUGGACUACAUACCCCAACUUGGGCUCGAAUGGGUUGGCAAUUGCAAUGAACUCAACGCAGCAUAUGCCGCCGAUGGCUAUGCAAGAGUCAAAGGCAUGGGCGCUAUCGUCACCACUUUCGGUGUCGGCGAGCUUUCCGCCAUCAACGGUUUAGCUGGUGCUUACAGCGAGAUGGUACCCGUUGUGCACAUUGUAGGGUGCCCAUCAACCAUCUCUCAGCGCAGCGGCAUGCUGCUACAUCAUACGCUGGGCAACGGCGACUUCAAUGCCUUCGCCAACAUGAGCGCCGGCAUCUCCUGUGUCGUGGCCAAGCUGAACGAUCCAGCCGAGAUCGCCUCUCAGAUAGACCAUGCGCUACGCGAGUGCUACCUACGUACCCGCCCCGUCUAUAUCAUGCUGCCGACUGAUAUGGUGACGAAAAAGGUUGAAGGAGAGCUGUUAGAUAAGGAGAUCGACCUUUCGGAACCGGCGAAUGAAGAGGCGAAGGAGGACUACGUAGUCGAUGUCGUACUGAAAUAUUUGCAUGCUGCCCAGCGGCCGGUUGUCCUCGUCGAUGCGUGCGCCGUGCGGUCCCGUGUACUGGAGGAGGUGCACGCGUUCAUCGACAAGACAAAACUCCCCGUAUUCGUGACACCAAUGGGCAAGAGCGCCAUCGACGAAACUCACUCUUCUUACGGUGGCGUCUACGCCGGUAGCGCCAGCCAUCCCGAGAUCAAAACAAUGGUUGAAGGUUCAGACCUUGUACUGAGCAUCGGUUCCCUGAAGAGCGAUUUCAAUACGGCCGGCUUCUCAUACCGCCUGUCCCAGCUCAACACGAUCGACUUCCACACCGACCAUUGUGUCGUCCGGUAUUCCGAGUAUCCAGGCGUCAAGAUGCGAGGUGUAUUGCGCAAGAUCACGCAGCGUGUCGACACGGAGAAGCUCAAGGUGCAGUCCCUACCAACUCCAUCACCAUCUCCAGAAGCGGCGCUUGAGGGCAUCAAUGGGCCGAUUAAGCAGGCGUGGUUCUGGCCGCGGAUCUCCAAUUUCUUCCGGGAAGGCGACAUCAUCGUGUCGGAGACGGGCACGGCUAACUUUGGAAUUUGGGAAACGAUAUUCCCGCCCAACGUCACGGCCUUGAACCAGACCCUCUGGGGCAGCAUAGGCUGGGCUGUGGGUGCGUGUCAAGGCGCUGCCCUCGCGGCGAAGGACACUGGCGGAAAGCGCCGAACGAUCCUGUUCGAGGGCGAUGGCAGUCUGCAACUCACAGCACAAGAGAUCAGUACCAUGAUCAAGCAUGGUUUGGAUGUCAUCAUUUUCGUCAUCUGUAACGAUGGUUACACGAUCGAGCGCUUCAUCCACGGCAUGGACGCCUCGUACAACGACGUGGCGACGUGGCAGUACCGGGAACUAGGCACCGUCUUCGGCGGUUCGCCCGCGACAGUCAAGAGCUAUGCGGUGCACACGCCCGGCGAACUGGAGACCUUGCUUGCCGACGAGGACUUCGCUACCAAUUACCAUGGCCUACGGCUGGUCGAGCUGUACAUGCCCCGUGAGGACGCACCGAGGAGUUUGAAGAUGACGGCUGAAGUCAGUGCUAAGACGAAUGCACGGGAAAAUUGAGUGUUUUCUUUAUGAAUUUAGGCUUGUUUGGUAGGACGAAUGGGAUUGCGAUUACAUGACUAAACGAUGUUUGACGGUUGGAGGGGUGAAGGGCGUUCAUGGAGGUAUAAUG